CUGUGCCAUCCUAGAGCGUCUCGACCUGUUUCGGCUUCUCAACCACAGAAAGCGGCCUGCUUUCCUAGAGCGUCGACGGAAAAGCAUUGUUAAGUCCUCUUCUUGAGACGGAAGUGGAAGCCGGGCAGCGCGGGAGCGACGGUUGAGGCGAGAAAGGAGCCUGUCCGCAGCCACAAUGACCACCAGCCAGAAGCACCGGGACUUUGUGGCUGAACCCAUGGGGGAGAAGCCCGUCGGGACGCUGGCCGGCAUCGGAGAGGUCCUGGGCAAGAAGUUAGAGGACAAAGGCUUCGACAAGGCGUAUGUGGUGCUGGGCCAGUUCUUGGUGCUGAAGAAGGACGAGGACCUCUUCCGCGAGUGGCUGAAGGACACCUGCGGGGCCAACGCCAAGCAAUCCCGGGACUGUUACGGCUGCCUGCGGGAAUGGUGCGACGCCUUCUUGUGAGCCCUUCCCUCGUCAGGCAAAUACCACCAGCUUCCUUUUUUGGGUAGUCACUAGAGAUAGGAAAUCCUCCUUUGCCCUCUUUCCCAUCCACAUGAAAGAAGCCCGCUCGCAUCGCUGCCUUUUUAAGCCUCUCUUUCCCCUCUUUUUGGAGCUCCGUUCGCUUCCGGUUUUGAGAAAUGUCUUUGUAACGUUUCUGGAUUGUUUCCCCCCCCCCCCCCCCGUUCUCCCCACACCGACUUUUAUAAACCCCCCUGCUUUAAAAAAAAAAUGUCAGGGGCCACCAGAAAUCAUUGUCGUGUUUUUAAAACAAUAAAAAUCAGCUGUGUGUUGUUUUUUGCUCAG